AUGGCGCCCGAGCCCACUCCCGACCAUCCCGAGCACAAGAAGAAGGUCAAUUUGGCCGAUGUCUCCGGUGCUGAACGCAAAGAUGAGGAUGACACCGCGACCGCCAUCCUCAAGAAGAAGAAGAAGCCCAACCAGCUAAUGGUGACCGAUGCUGUCAACGAUGACAACUCGAUUAUUGCACUCUCAAAUAACACCAUGGAUGCCCUCCAGCUGUUCCGUGGUGACACAGUGCUGGUCCGCGGCAAGAAGAGGAAGGACACCGUAUUGAUCGUCCUGGCCGACGACGAGCUCGAUGACGGCAGUGCCCGCAUCAACCGAGUUGUCCGCCACAACCUGCGGGUCAAGCACGGUGAUAUUAUCACUAUCCACCCUUGCCCAGAUAUCAAAUAUGCCAAGCGGAUCGCGGUCCUCCCUAUCGCCGAUACCAUCGAGGGCCUCACCGGGUCUCUGUUCGAUGUUUUCCUCGCCCCAUACUUCCGGGAAGCCUACCGGCCCGUUAGACAAGGUGACCUUUUCAUCGUUCGCGGUGGCAUGAGGCAAGUAGAAUUCAAGGUCGUCGAGGUCGACCCACCCGAGUACGGCAUCGUUGCUCAAGACACCGUCAUCCACUGCGAGGGCGAGCCCAUCCAGCGCGAUGAAGAGGAGAACAACCUCAACGAGGUCGGCUAUGACGACAUUGGUGGUUGCCGGAAGCAGAUGGCUCAGAUCCGUGAAAUGGUUGAGCUACCACUCCGCCACCCCCAGCUCUUCAAGUCCAUCGGCAUCAAGCCUCCACGCGGCGUGCUGCUCUAUGGGCCUCCGGGUACCGGUAAGACGCUGAUGGCUCGUGCCGUUGCCAACGAGACGGGCGCCUUCUUUUUCCUCAUCAACGGUCCCGAGAUCAUGUCGAAGAUGGCCGGUGAAUCCGAGUCCAACCUGAGGAAAGCGUUCGAGGAAGCCGAGAAAAACUCGCCCGCCAUCAUUUUCAUCGACGAGAUUGAUUCGAUCGCCCCCAAGCGUGACAAGACGAACGGCGAGGUCGAGCGUCGUGUCGUAUCCCAGCUCCUUACCCUGAUGGACGGCAUGAAGGCGCGGUCCAACGUUGUGGUUAUGGCCGCGACUAACCGACCCAACUCCAUCGAUCCCGCUCUCCGUCGGUUCGGCCGUUUCGAUCGCGAGGUCGAUAUCGGCAUCCCCGACCCGACCGGCCGUCUGGAAAUUUUGCAGAUCCACACUAAGAACAUGAAGCUCGGCGAUGACGUCGACCUCGAGCAGAUUGCCGCUGAGACCCACGGUUACGUCGGUUCUGAUGUUGCUGCUCUCUGCUCCGAGGCCGCCAUGCAGCAGAUUCGCGAGAAAAUGGACCUCAUCGACCUCGACGAGGACACCAUUGAUGCCGAGGUUCUCGACUCGCUCGGUGUCACCAUGGAGAACUUCCGCUUUGCCCUGGGCGUGUCGAACCCCUCAGCCCUCCGCGAGGUUGCUGUCGUCGAGGUUCCCAACGUUCGCUGGGAAGACAUUGGUGGUCUCGAGACCGUCAAGCAGGAACUCAAGGAGAGCGUCCAGUAUCCCGUCGACCACCCGGAGAAGUUCCUCAAGUUUGGUCUCUCGCCGUCGCGCGGUGUCCUGUUCUAUGGCCCGCCCGGUACGGGUAAGACAAUGUUGGCCAAGGCUGUCGCCAACGAGUGCGCCGCCAACUUCAUCUCUGUCAAGGGCCCCGAACUGCUAUCCAUGUGGUUUGGUGAGUCCGAGAGCAACAUUCGCGACAUUUUUGACAAGGCCCGCGCUGCCGCCCCCUGCGUCGUCUUCCUCGACGAGUUGGAUUCCAUUGCCAAGGCCCGUGGUGGCUCUGUUGGUGAUGCUGGCGGCGCCUCGGACCGUGUCGUCAACCAGCUCCUGACCGAAAUGGACGGGAUGACCUCCAAGAAGAACGUUUUCGUCAUCGGCGCUACUAACCGGCCGGAGCAGCUUGACCCUGCCCUGUGCCGUCCCGGCCGCCUUGACUCGCUCAUCUACGUCCCCCUACCCGAUGAGGCUGGCCGUCUGGGUAUCCUCAGCGCCCAGCUGCGCAAGACACCCGUUUCGGGCGACGUCGACCUCAACUUCAUUGCGUCCAAGACGCACGGCUUCUCUGGUGCCGAUCUGGGUUUCAUCACCCAGCGUGCCGUCAAGCUGGCCAUCAAGGAGUCUAUCUCGAUUGAUAUCCAGCGCACCAAGGAACGCGAGGCUGCUGGCGAGGACGUCGAGAUGGAGGAUGACGAGGACCCGGUCCCCGAGCUCACCAAGCGCCACUUCGAGGAGGCCAUGCAGAUGGCCCGUCGCUCGGUCACCGAUGUGGAGAUCCGCCGCUACGAGGCGUUUGCUCAACAGAUGAAGAACACUGGGCCUGGCGCCUUCUUCAAGUUCCCCGAGGGUGGCGUUGAGGGCAGCGGCGGUGCUGGCAACUCUUUUGGUGAUGCCGGCAACGACGACGAUCUCUACGGCUAA